GGCAUGAAGAGCCGUCUCGCUUCUUCACACAUUGUUUCUUCUCCAACACACGCAAUUCUCAAUUCAAGAAACCUCUUAUCUUCCCAUCACCUCCUUUCCGUAAUCCGAAAGCUCUUACCUUUUCUGGUUUUCUCUCUCUCUCUCUCUCUCUCUCUCUCUCUCUCUUCUUCAUCUUCUUCCUUCUCAAGCCUUGCCCAUCAACGGCAACUCCGUUUCUUCUUCGAAUUGGAGACCCGCACCGAAGCCUCGCUCCUGUUCCAUUGCCCACCACCCUCUUCGAUGGCGGUGACACCGUGGGCCUUCCCGCCGCGGAAGCGGCGGCCCUCGGCCGGAGCCUUCGUCUCGCCGAGGCUCUCCGACGUCGAGCUCGUCCAGUCUCUCGUCCACCUCUCUCAGGAGAUCGCGUCCCUCGACCCAUUUCAGUACCUCCUCAGGUCGUGCUCGCUCUCCAUCGUCCGCAGGGUCAACCUCCUCGCGGUCCUGUUCGAGGAGCUGCUGCGGAAGCCGGCGAGCUAUGGCUCCCCGUCGGCGGUGCUCUGCUUCGAGGAGAUGUACAUUCUGCUGCAGAGGAUCAGGACGCUGAUCGAGGACUGCUCCAACGGGAGCAAGAUGUGGCUGCUCUCGCAGGUCGAGCUCGUGUCCGACAGCUUCCGCGAGCUCAACGCCGAUUUGACCACCUUGCUCGACGUGUUCCCGGUCGGGGAGGCUGAAUUGAGCGACGACGUCGAAGAGCUCGUGGCUCUGAUCAAGAACCAGCCUUCGCGGGACAGGGCUCGCGUCGAUCCGAGGGACGACGAUCUCAGGCGCGACGUGCUCGCGAUGCUGCACGGCAUCGAGAGGGAGGUCGUGCCUGAUCAAGCCAAGCUCGCCGCCGUCUUAGAGAGCCUGGGGCUGCGCGAUUCGUCGAGCUGCAGAGCAGAGAUGGAGAGCCUCGAGGAGGAGGUCCAGAAUCAGAGCGACGAGAAGGCAAAAUCGCAGGCAAUCGCGCUGAUCGGGCUCGUCCGGUACGCGAAGUGCGUGCUCUACGGAGGAUCGACGCCGCCGAAGCCGCCGGCCGAGUUCCGGCUGCGGAAGUCGGCGUCGAGCGUCGCGCUGCCGGCGGACUUCCGGUGCCCCAUCACGCUGGACCUGAUGCGGGACCCGGUCGUCGUGGCGACCGGCCAGACGUACGAUCGCGAGUCCAUCAGCCUUUGGAUCCAAUCGGGGCACAACACGUGCCCCAAGACAGGUCAGACCCUGGCCCACUCGAACCUCAUCCCCAACCGCGCGUUGAAGAAUCUGAUCUCUCUGUGGUGCCGCGAGCAGAGGAUACCCUUCGAAGCCUCCGGCGACACCACAAGGGCCCGCGGUGGCGUGAGGAGCAAAGCUGCGAUCGAGGCGACCAAGAUGACGGUGUCAUUCCUGGGCCGAAAAUUGUCCGGCUGCCCGCCGGCGGAGAUCGCCGACAGCGUUGUCCACGAGCUUCGGGUGCUCGCCAAGUCCGACACUGAGAGCCGGGCCUGCAUCGCGGAGGCCGGAGCCAUCCCCCAGCUAGUGCGGUACUUAGGCUCAGACUUCGCCUCGGAGUAUCCGAGCCUACAGGUCAACGCCAUCACGACUAUACUCAACCUGUCAAUCCUGGAGACAAACAAGGCUCGGAUAAUGGAGACGGAAGGCGCUCUCAACGGAGUCAUCGAGGUCCUGCGCUCUGGCACCACGUGGGAGGCGAAGGGCAACGCCGCCGCCACGAUAUUCAGCCUCUCCAGCGUACAUUCCUACAUGAAACGGCUCGGGAGGAAUAAGCGUGUCGUGAAGGGACUGAUGGACUUGGUCCGGGACGGCCACGGCGGCGCCAGGAGGGACGCGCUCGCGGCGAUUUUGAAUUUGGCGGGAGACAGGGAGGCGGUCGGGAAUCUGCUGGAGGGAGGGAUGGUGGAGAUGGUGUGCGACGUGAUGGAGAGCCUGCAGGAGGAGGCGGUGACCAUCCUCGAGGCGGUGGUGAAGCGGGGCGGGCUGGUGGCGGUCACGGCGGCCUACGGCGCUAUCAGGAAGCUGGGCACGGUGCUGAGAGAAGGGUCAGAGCGGGCUCGGGAGAGUGCCGCGGCGACCCUCGUCAUGAUAUGCCGGAAAGGCGGAUCGGACGCCGUGGUGGAGCUGGCGACGUUGCCGGGGAUCGAGAGGGUCAUAUGGGAGAUGAUGGGGAUGGGGACCGGGAGAGCGAAGAGGAAGGCAGCCAGCCUACUGAGGAUACUCCGGCGAUGGGCGGCGGGAUUGGACAGCGAUCUGGUGGAUUCUGGUUACACGGCCAACGGGGCCACGACGAGGAUAAUGUUGCCGAGCUAACAUCGGUUCAUUCAAUUAUUUGUAAAGUUUCAUUGGAUUUAAUUUAUUUCUUUCUUUUGCCAAAUCAAAUGAAAGCCAAUUCUCUCGUAUAGUUCAAUUCAUUUCA